CGAGCGAGACAGCGGGCCCCCGCGCGCGGCGGCUCGGGGCUGGGGCGCCAGAAGUGGGACUGGAGCGAACUAGAGCGAUGCCAAGAAGGAAGCAGCAGGCACCCAAGCGGGCGGCAGGCUAUGCCCAGGAAGAACAGCUGAAGGAAGAGGAGGAAAUCAAAGAGGAAGAUGAGGAAGAGGAAGACAGUGGUUCGGGAGCUCAACCUCAGGGCAGCAAUGACGCAGGGACCGACGAGGAGCUGGAAACGGGCACGGAGCCAAAGGGCUGCUUCAGCUACCAGAACUCUCCAGGGAGCCACCUGUCCAACCAGGACGCCGAGAAUGAGUCCCUGCUGAGCGAUGCCAGCGAUCAGGUGUCAGACAUCAAGAGCGUGUGUGGGCGAGACGCCUCGGACAAGAAAGCCAGCGUGCACCCCAAGCUUGCAAACGAAGCCCACAGCUGCAUGGAUAAGAUGACCGCCGUCUACGCCAACAUCCUGUCCGAUUCCUACUGGUCGGGCCUGGGUCUCGGCUUCAAACUGUCCAACAGCGAGAGGCGGAGUUGUGACACCCGAAACGGCGGCAACAAGACGGAUUUCGACUGGCACCAGGACGCUCUGUCCAAAAGCCUGCAGCAGAACCUGCCCUCGCGGCCCCUGUCGAAGCCCAGCCUCUUCAGCUCCGUCCAGCUGUACCGGCAGAGCAGCAAAAUGUGUGGGACCGUUUUCACCGGGGCCAGCAGGUUCCGCUGCCGGCAGUGCAGCGCCGCCUACGACACCCUGGUCGAGCUGACCGUCCACAUGAACGAGACCGGCCACUACCAAGACGACAACCGCAAAAAGGACAAGCUCAGACCCACGAGCUACUCCAAGCCCCGGAAAAGGGCUUUCCAGGAUAUGGACAAGGAGGAUGCUCAAAAGGUCCUGAAAUGCAUGUUUUGCGGUGAUUCCUUCGAUUCCCUCCAAGAUUUGAGUGUCCACAUGAUCAAAACAAAACAUUACCAAAAAGUGCCUUUGAAGGAGCCAGUCCCAACCCUUUCAUCAAAAAUGGUCACUCCCGCCAAGAAACGCGUCUUCGACGUCAAUCGCCCAUGCUCCCCAGAUUCAACCACUGGGUCCUUUGCAGAUUCGUUUCCGCCCCAGAAGAAUGCCAACCUCCAACUGUCCUGCAACAACCGCUACGGCUACCAAAACGGUGCCAGCUACACCUGGCAGUUCGAGGCCUGCAAGUCCCAGAUCCUGAAGUGCAUGGAGUGUGGCAGCUCCCACGACACUCUGCAGCAGCUCACCACCCACAUGAUGGUCACCGGUCACUUUCUCAAGGUCACCAGCUCCGCCUCCAAGAAAGGCAAGCAGCUGGUGCUGGACCCACUGGCCGUGGAGAAGAUGCAGUCGUUGUCAGAUGCCCCAAACAGUGAUGCCCUGGCACCCAAGCCAUCAAGUAACUCCGCCUCUGACAGUGCAGCCUCCUCGACGGAGCUGAAGAAAGACAGCAAAAAGGAAAAGCCGGAGGAGAUCAACAAGGAUGAGAAAGUCGUGAAAAGCGACGACUAUGAAGACCCUCUCCAAAAGCCAUUAGACCCUACGAUGAAAUACCAGUAUCUGAGGGAGGAGGACUUGGAAGAUGGCUCGAAGGGCGGAGGGGACAUUUUGAAGUCUUUGGAAAAUACCGUCACCACCGCCAUCAACAAAGCCCAGAAUGGGGCUCCCAGCUGGAGCGCGUACCCCAGCAUCCACGCAGCCUACCAGCUGUCGGAGGGCACCAAGCCCUCCUUGCCUAUGGGCUCCCAGGUCCUGCAGAUCCGACCCAACCUCAGCAAUAAGCUGAGGCCAAUCGCACCCAAGUGGAAAGUGAUGCCGCUGGUGUCCGUGCCCACACACCUGGCCCCCUACAUGCAAGUGAAGAAGGAGCCGGAGGAGAAAGAGGACGCGGUGAGGGAGUGUGGGAAAGAAAGUCCCCGCGAAGAGGCGUCCUCUUUCAGCCACAGCGAGGGGCAUGCUUUCUCCAAAAGCGAACCCCCUGCGGAGCCCAAAAAGGCUGAGCCGCGUCCCCCGAAGGAGGAGGACAGGCUGGUGAGAGAGAGCGGUGAGAAAGAGAAAGCCCAGGCUUUGGAGCCGGCGUCUCCACUCAGCAACGGCUGCGCCCUCGCCAACCCCGUGGCGGCCCUGCCAGGCAUCAAUCCGCUCAGCGCCCUGCAGUCCGUCCUGAACAAUCACCUGGGCAAAGCCACGGAACCCUUGCGCGCGCCCUCCUGCUCCAGCCCAAGCUCAAGCACAAUGUCCAUGUUUCAGAAGCCGAGCCUCGGCGUCAUGGACAAGCCGGUCCUGAGUCCCCCCUCCACGAGGCCGGCCAGCGUGUCCAGACGCUACCUGUUCGAGAACAACGACCAGCCCAUUGACCUGACCAAGUCCAAGAGCAAGAAGGCCGAGUCCUCGCAAGCACAGUCCUGCACGUCCCCACCCCAGAAGCACGCCCUGUCCGACAUCGCCGACAUGGUCAAGGUCCUCCCCAAGGCCACCACCCCGAAGCCCGCCGCCUCCCCCAAGGUCCCUCCAGUGAAGCUGGAGAUGGAUGUCAGGCGCUUCGAGGACGUGUCCAGUGAGGUCUCCACCUUGCAUAAGAGGAAAGGCCGGCAGUCCAACUGGAACCCCCAGCAUCUCCUGAUCCUGCAGGCCCAGUUUGCCUCCAGCCUCUUCCAGACCUCCGAGGGCAAAUACCUGCUGUCCGACCUGGGUCCGCAAGAGCGGAUGCAGAUCUCGAAGUUCACGGGGCUCUCCAUGACCACCAUCAGCCACUGGCUAGCCAACGUCAAGUACCAGCUUAGGAAGACGGGCGGGACCAAGUUUCUGAAAAACAUGGACAAAGGGCACCCUAUCUUUUACUGCAGUGACUGUGCCUCUCAGUUCAGAACCCCGUCCACCUACAUCGGUCACUUAGAGUCCCACCUGGGUUUCCAAAUGAAGGACAUGACCCGCCUGGCCGUGGAGCAGCAAGGCAAACCGGAGCAGGAGAUCUCCCGGGUGUCGUCGGCCCAGCGGUCCCCGGAAACCAUAGCUGGCGAAGAGGACACGGACUCUAAAUUCAAGUGUAAGUUGUGCUGUCGGACAUUUGUGAGCAAACACGCGGUAAAACUCCACCUAAGCAAAACUCACAGCAAGUCACCAGAACACCACUCACAGUUUGUAACAGACGUGGAUGAAGAAUAGCUCUGCAGGUACGCGUUUGCUCCCAGCUGGUUGUGCCGCUGACUUUGUGAGGCGCUUCUAGAAGGGAGAUGGUUCCGUUUAGAGGCAGCUGACCUCUCCCUACCGCGAGAGGACUGUAGCCUACUGGAGUAGACCAGAACAGAAAUAAGUCCUAACCAUGCUCUCAGUGUCUGCAGUUUAGCGUUGGGGAGGAGAGCGAAACGGAUUUAGAGAGUCGGAGCUCAGAGGUUACUGCUUCUGGAUUCGUGAUCGCCUUAGGGCCCCAGGGCCCCAGUCUCAAGGUCCAGUUAAGGCUCUGCCUCCUUGUAAUUAACAAGGACCGACUUCUCUUACUAUCCUGUUUCCCUGCUUCCCCUUCCCGUAGUCAUGCUAAUGACUUAUAAAGUGAUGAAAAUUUUAAAAAAGAAAUAGUGAGCAAGGGAAUAAAGAUUGUAGAGUUCCUGGAGGCAGCCACUUGCCAGAGAUUUCUUAACCAAUUCGUGAAUAGUUUAAAGCUGGCUUUAUCAUUAUUAGUUAUAAUUAAUGCUUUUGGCAGCUUAUUUGCAGCAAUUGCUACCUUCCACUGCCCACCCCACCCCAAUUUGUUCAUUUGCUGUGCAUUCGGUUUCCUGUGAAAGGGCAGGUGCCCUGUAGUCGGAUGGUAGGAAAAUACUCUUCUCUGCAGGACACUCAGAUGAAAAGAGAGGAAGCUUAUUUCCUUCCCAGGUCUUUUGGUUGCUCUUAAGUUAAAGCUAAUAUCAGAGUCCACCUUUAGCAAAGGUAGAUGCAAUGCAUGGCUUGAAACUUUAUUUUAUAUAAAGAAACAAAUGGCACACUCAUUGCCUAUGCACGUGGGGUCCCACAGCUUCGAGACAAUUUGCAUCACGUGUUGUCGAAGUUCCAUGCCUGGCAGAGUCAGCAGGGCCCAGCCGAUCUCUGUCACCUUCAGGAAAGCAGACAGAUUCCAAGGUCAAAUACCUUGGCAGACUAGUCACACCAGCCACUUUCAAAUACUGGGCAUAAGCAAGGCGGAAAUUAUUUCCGCCGCCCUUUGUGUUUCCUCUCCUUCCUUGUCUCUCCCCUCCAGCAUGAUACCGCCCCCGUGGGCUAGAAACCCCCACACAUGCAUCAGUUGUCCUGCACUCUGGGCCACAACCCAAAAUAGACCCCACCUGACUAAAACUCUGCCCCUUGCCAACCCAGGUUGUGUCGUGCUAGGUUACAGACUAGUCUUUGUAGUUACAUAUGCGAUAAGAUAGGAACAGCUAAUAAUAGCAUGCAGCUGACCCUUGACUAACGCAGGGGUGGGGGGCACCAACCCUCUGCACAGCAGAAAAUCCAUGUGUGACUUCUCGUCACCUCCCCGUGACGGUUCCUCCGUAUUCCUGCUUCUCCUGUAUCCGAGGUUUCACGCCUGUGGAUUCUGCCAACCCAGACUGUGGAGUACUGUGGUAUUUAUCGCUACUUUUGGAAAGACUCCACGUACAGGUGGCCUCAUUAGGUUCAAACACACGCUGCCCAGGGUCAGCUGUGCAGGCCCUCCCCGCCCCUGCCGUCAGAGCACUGUUGUUAAACAGGAGGUUUCAGGGCAAGCCGCCGAGCGACGAGCAGGAGCGGAGCUGCGGGCAGGGACGGGUGUGACUACGCUGCGGGUGUGGGCUCACGUCACAUCAUACAGGAGGGCUUACCGGAUGUGAGGACGGUCAGAAUGAAACUAGGGGUUGAAAUCUGAAACUCUCCCCUCAGUGAGAUGAUCUAAGAGCCUCUGAUGGUGGGGGAGCCCGUCCCAUCACGCAGAUGGCUAUCUGGGCCCAGAUGAUGACUUUGGUUUUGCUUGCAUGCUUUUAUCAUGAUAAUUAAAGUGUGUUACUGGCAGAUUCCUCUCUUGCUUUCUAAGCACGGUUUGUUCAGCUCGCACUAUACUGAAAGAAAAGCUGAAACACAUCUAUUGAAUCUACAUGUGAGCUUGGGGUUCCAUGACACCUGUUUAUUUGCUAUACAAUGUUUUCAAUUGUAUGUAACUUGCUAUUAUGCUUUCCUGGUCCUUCAAAAAAGAAAAAAAAAGGUGGAUACAUACAGAACACACAUAGAAAACUGUUUCCAGUCUCAGAGCGGUAGGUCCAAAUCAUGAUGAAAAUGACAAAUAGGUAUGCUUAUUUGUGCUACAAUAAAGACCUAUUUUCCACCUUUUCCAUGUUAGGUCUGUAAUCAUUUUUUAAAAUUAAUAUCAUAAUCAAAACAUUACAAUAUGUAGAUAUAGAAUAAGGAGAAACAGAAAGCCUCAGUCAAAAUCUGAAACGCACAUACCUGUUCUAGGGAAGCCAAGAAAAAAAGUAAUUGGGAAAAACCUAUACAAAGGGACCUGAUGCUCUCUAGUUGCUCAGCCGUGGCCAACUCAAAGGUACUUAAGAGUCUAUUAAAUACAUAGAUAGGUUAGCUCUUGUCUCAUCCUUCUGCGUCUGUACAGAAUAAAUAUUUCUGAUUUGGACCUUCAAAGCGUCAUAUUACAGAAUUAUCAUUAUAUGAAAACAAAGCUCCCUUAGAUAAACACUAGUGUGCUGUGAUUCUGACCGAGGAUUGCAGAAAAACAGGUCUGUGUGCUCAGGAAUCAUUCAGAAUGUAUGUGCCGCGUGCACAUAAAAAACGGUGUGGGUGCUCAGUGUUCACGUCGAUGCUAAGGAUGCCCCCGCCUGCCCCACAGCCCCCACACCUGCACAGAGGCAGCUUUCUGGGGCUCUGGUCAGCUGCAAACGAACCCCCCCCACCUUACAGCCCUCUUUGACAAUAUGCAUGCAAAACCUUGCCCACUGCUCAGAAUGGUGCUUAUAUGAUACUAAAUGAUCACAGAAUGAGAUCACUGCUAUCUGGAACACUAAUUUCAGUUAGGAUGCCUGAUCACAUGAAUUGCACAAAAAUGACAUGUCAUUUUGGGAGGGAUGGUCAUGGUUUUAUGGAAAUUUUGAGAGUUUUACAGUAUCUAUGUUCUAUGCAAGAUGUGAAUUUUGACCUGAAUUUUCUUUCUUGUCUUAGAUAGGUCUUUAAAAAAAAAGAUAAGUCUUAAAUUUUAUCAAAUUCUCUGCCAAAUAUUAAAUGCAACUUUUCAUGAGAAA